UUUAGGGUCCAUACACCUAAGGAAAAUGGGUUCCAAGAAAACCACAUCACUUGUCCUUUUCCUAGUGAUAAACCUUGUAUUCUUCACUCUUUCUAGUGCAUGUGGCUCUUGCCCCACUCCCAAACCAAAGCCGCCGCCGCCAUUGCCUAAGCCGACCCCAUGCCCACCACCCCCCGCCACCCCGAGCAAGCCUACUUGCCCUAGGGAUACCCUAAAACUAGGUGUUUGUGCUAAUUUGCUUGGUGGAUUGAUUGGUGCAACCAUCGGUACUCCUCUGAAAGUUCCAUGCUGCACCCUCAUCGAAGGGCUGGCCGAUGUCGAGGCAGCCGUGUGCCUAUGCACUGCCCUCAAGGCCAACAUUUUGGGAAUCAACCUCAAUGUCCCCAUUUCUCUUAGUUUGCUUCUCAAUGUUUGCUCCAAGAAGGUUCCAUCCGGCUUCCAGUGUGCCUAAAUAAUCAAUUUAUUUUAGUGAUUUGCUUUUUCUAAUUUCUUGAGAGAUUCAAGUUUUUAAAUGUUUUUGUUGGUUAUGAUUUGUACUCCAUCUUGUUUCACAUUUAUGAAAGCAGCCGGUGAGGUUGAGAUAGCAAUAUAAUUUUCCUUAAUUGCCUUUUUUUGUUGAAA